CUACGUCAUUUUGACAGCACAAUCUCUUCCUAGCGCUUGUGAUAAUUCGCAUUUUGAAGCAUUUUCGUCGUAUACUGUUUCUCUCGACAAGGAUACCGGUGUUAACCUGCACAUAACUGGUCGCUGCAUAUAUGAGCCAGUUUACGUGGACAAUGACGGUUUGGCUUCUCCUGACUGUGCUGGUGACAUCCUGUGCGGCCGUGGGUCGACGGGUGGUGGACCUGACGCACGUGUACGACGAAAGAGUACCAAAAUACCCUCUCGGCAACUUCGGAGUGGAAAACUUCACCUACUACAAGAUGACCAACCUGUUCUCGGACUAUUCUUCCAACGAUUCCGACACAUGGAUUACCAUUCGGCGGAUGGAGAUUUACGAGCACCAGGGUACGCACAUUGACGCACCGCUGCACUUCACGAAUGGCGGUCAGGACCUGACGCAGAUCCCACCGGAGCGUCUGUACGGCCCCGGCGUCGUUAUCGAUGUGAGGGACAAGGCCGCCGCCAACCCCGACUACGCGGUCACCGUGCAGGACAUACUCGACUAUGAGAAGGAGUUCGGCCGUAUACCCGUGGGUGCAAUUGUUAUGAUGAAUUCUGGCUGGCAGUUCAAGUAUCCCGACGCCCGUCGGGUAUUUGGUUCAGACAACAUUCAAGACCCAACUUCUUUCCACUUCCCUGGGUUUGACAUUAAAGCUUGCAAUAUGCUGCUAACAGAGCGACAGGUGCACGUUAUCGGAGUGGACACUCCGUCCACAGAUCCCGCCAAUUUACCCGUCUAUUACUGCCACAAACUCCUGCAGCCCAACAACAUGCCUCUCCUCGAGUACGUAGCAAACCUUGACGCCAUACCGAAAACCGGUACUACUAUCAUCCUCGGGGCGCCCAAGAUCCGGAACGGCACGGGCGGCCACACGCGGAUACUCGCAUUUCUACCGGACGAUGGGGAGGACGUUACCGGCGGAGCGCGGCGCCUGGCUUCUUCUAUAAUAGUGGCCUCAAUGUCGGCUGUCAUUGUAUUUUCAUUCUGUUGAUAUUCGUAUACUUUCGUAUCAGAAAACAUCAGAGCACGUUUAAGAAAUUAUUUGCGAGAUUGAUAACGUAUAUUAAAUGUCUUAUGUCUACGUUUUAUAGACUAUAUUUAGGAAUAGCAAUUAUCUAUUUUCUUAUCAUAAAGUAUUUAACAUAUAUAUGGGAAUUCUAACCACUAGAAUAUAAGAUGAAUAUUUUCUAUAUAUAAAUAUUAGCAUGAUUCAUUGUUUUUAUUUUUAUUUAAUAAACCUGUUUCAGUUGGUAAAUUUUAGGUGUGAGUCACUUUAAAUGGCAUUAUAGGAACAUACAGUUCAAUGACAGUGUUGUUUUGUUGAGGCAGACUUGUUUAUCAUGCGCUCUACUGAUGGUGUAUCUUGAUAUUCAUUGGAUGGACUAUUUAUCAUACUAAGAUAUAUCACAUGAUUAUAGUAUCUAUGUUAAGUCAUUUUUAACCAGAAUAAAUGUAUUGUUAAUAAACUUA